GGCCCGGCGCCCCCUCAGCUGAGCGCGGGCCCCGCGGACCGGGGAAUGCGCCGGGAUCUGCGGUGGUUGCUGACAGCGAAGGACUUCCUCUCAAAGCUGUUUAAAUGAGAAUGUCCCUGGCUCAAAGAGUGCUGCUGACAUGGCUUUUUACGUUACUCUUCCUGAUCAUGCUGGUGCUGAAGUUGGAUGAGAAAGCACCAUGGAACUGGUUCCUCAUUUUUAUUCCGGUGUGGAUAUUUGAUACAAUUCUUCUGGUUAUGUUAAUUGUAAAAAUGGCUGGGCGGUGCAAGUCUGGCUUUGACCCUCGCAACGGCUCCCAGAACAUGAAGAAGAAAGUCUGGUACCUCAUUGCAAUGCUGCUGAAAUUGGCCUUCUGCCUCGCCCUGUGUGCGAAGCUGCAGCGAUUCACCACCAUGAAACUGGCCUACGUGUUCAUCCCGCUCUGGGCCUUGCUGAUUGGGGGCAUGGUUGAACUGGGAUAUAAUAUCUUCUAUGUACGAAGAGACUGAGCUAUGCCAGGUGGUUUCCAGUGCCAAGAUUGGCACCGAAUUACCAGAUUAUUGCCAUUUUGCCACAAAUUUGAUCUUCAAGCUAGAAAGGCAAAUGAGUCAAGCUGGAGACUUAAGCUAAAGCAGGCUGAAGAUCAAAGUAGACCCGUUUCAUUUUUUUUUAUUUUAAAACUCACAUAUGCUCUUGUAAAUAAAAGUAUUUGUUCAACAUAAGCUGUUCUAAUAUGAUUACUGUUAUUUGUUACAUGGAAUAAGAUAUAGGUUCUUCACGAGCAGGUAGAAGACC